CCGCUCCUGGAGGAUCAGCUGAUCUCAGUGUAAAUAGUCCACAUAGAUAUGUGUGGGACGGAGGGUUGGUGAUACAGAAGUAACAACAUUUCGUCGCGGAGGACGAUAAAUGUGAAAUAGUGUGUGGUGUGGAUGUGACAGCGGGAUGCGUCGGCCGCUGUUCGCGGCGCUGUUUGCGCUGCGGUAGAGCUCAGAGGGCUUUAGGACAUCACAUGCAGCCUCACUGAGGGCCUGUGGGAGAGAGACUGUGCCUCAACGCACUGGAGUCUACUUCACUGGACUGGACUGGUUAAAGCAGGGUCCAUGGAGGAGCUGGAGCCGGAGGAGCAGUUCCUCCGGUGCGCUCGGAACGGAGAUCUGCCUGGAGUUCAGAGGCUCCUGAUGUCCACAAUAAGGGAAGAGACCAAGAUCAACAUCAACUGCAAAGGUAAAAGUAAGUCCAACCUGGGAUGGACGCCUCUUCACUUGGCCUGUUAUUUCGGACACACGGACGUAGUGGAGGAAUUGCUUAAGGCGGGGGCAGACGUUAACUUGCCCAACAACAUCGGAGACACGCCUUUGCACAAAGCUGCCUUCACAGGAAGAAAGGAGGUUGUCAUGCUGCUGCUGCACUAUGAUGCAUGUGCUACUGUCAUCAAUGGGACAGCACUGAUUCCCAAAGAUGUCACUCAAAAUGCAGAGAUCAGAGGCAUGCUGGAAGCGGCUGAGAGAACAGAGGAGAGGAAGCUGGAGGAGAAACUUUUGGAGGCUGCACGUGAAGGAGACCUGAUGACGCUAACUCAGCUGCUCAACAGGAAGAAGCCUCCUGACAUCAGCUGCACAGAUCUGCUGGGCAACACUCCGCUGCACUGUGCAGCCUAUCGUGGCCAGAGGCAGUGUGCCCUGAAGCUGCUCAAGAGUGGAGCCAACCCCACCGUCAAGAACAAGAACGGGCAGACGGUGUUUGACCUGGCCAGCGACACCGCAAUGAAGCAGUUUCUGGAAGGCAGCCUUCAUCGAGGUAUGACAUACCACGUCAAGAAGCAUGAGGGACUCCUCUGGAAGAGCUCCAGGUUUUUUGGCUGGCGCUCCUACUGGGUCAUUCUUCAGGAUGGGGUUUUAUCCUGGUACUCAAAACAGUCAGAUGGAGCUGCCAAUGUGAAGAGGCAAGGCUGUAAGUCCCUCACACACUCUCACUGUUCGAUACGAGCCAAAGAUAACUGCCUUUUCACCCUCACGUGCUUCGAUGACAGCGUGCAUCAUUUCAAAGUAUCUCCUAAAACCGACCCGGAGGCGACACGAAAAGCGUGGCUUGAUGCGCUGGAGGAGCACAUUGCUUACAGCACACACUACUGCAGCCAAGAGCAGGGCAGCGAGGAGGACGAGGACGAGGAAGUGAUGUCAGUUGGGGAGCUAACAGACUCUCUACAGGCAGCGGAGGCCAGCCACAAGAAGCUGCAGAAGGAGGUGGCAGCGUUCGUGUCCAUGCUGAAAAGUGACGGGCUGUCAGAAAGUUUUCCACCAAACAUGCUGCAGAAAAUGCAAGAAAUCUGUGAUUUGUCCGGCGAGACCACUUCCAGCCUCAGCGUCUGUCUCAGCCACUUCUCCCGACAAGAAGGGGUGCGCAGUCUGAAAUUGGAGCAGGAGGUAGAGAAGAAUAAGAUCCUCUCUGAAGCGCUGCAGACUCUCGCCACGGAGCACCACGAACUUGAGCAAUCCGUCGUCAAGGGAUCUUCACCGCGGAGUCCCCUCAGCGAGGAUGAGUUCCACGACGCCGUGUCUGAUUCAGACUCUGAGCUCUCCCUGAGCGGCUUUGAGACGGUCGCCAGCCAUUCCUUUGAGGAGGACGAGGAGGAGGACGAAGGCUCUGUCAUGCUAAGCAGCCCGUGCGGCAGCUCUUGCAGCAGCAUGUUACAGGAGGAUCACCAUGGCGACAAGGAUGAGACUCAACCCAACGGGAUAACAAAGCAUAGGACAACCUUGCCUGCACCAAUGUUUUCAAGAAAUGACUUCAGCAUUUGGAGUAUCCUGAGGAACUGCAUUGGAAUGGAGCUCUCCAAGAUUACAAUGCCAGUGAUUUUCAAUGAGCCGCUCAGCUUCUUGCAGCGUCUGACCGAAUAUAUGGAGCACACGUACCUCAUCCACCAGGCCAACGCCUCCUCAAAUUCUAUUGAGAGGAUGAAGUGUGUGGCUGCAUUUGCAGUGUCCGCCGUGGCAUCGCAGUGGGAGCGGACAGGCAAACCCUUCAAUCCUCUGCUGGGAGAAACCUACGAACUGGUCAGAGAUGAUUUGGGCUUCAGGCUCAUAUCAGAGCAGGUGAGCCACCACCCUCCAGUCAGCGCCUUCCAUGCCGAAGGCCUCAAUCAAGACUUUGUGUUUCAUGGAUCCAUCUACCCCAAACUCAAGUUCUGGGGUAAGAGUGUAGAAGCUGAGCCAAAAGGCAUCAUCACGCUGGAGCUGCCCAAGCACAAUGAGGCCUACACAUGGACAAACCCUACAUGUUGUGUUCACAACAUUAUUGUGGGUCAGCUGUGGAUUGAACAGUAUGGAAAUAUGGAGGUGGUCAAUCACAGGACCGGCGAAAGGUGCUCUCUGCAUUUCAAACCAUGCGGCCUUUUUGGAAAAGAACUGCACAAAGUUGAAGGGUAUAUUCUGGAUAAAAGCAAAAAGAAGCUGUGCGCUCUCUAUGGGAAGUGGACAGAGUGCCUGUAUGUCAUUGACAUCGCUGCCUUUGAGGCCCAUAAGAAAAAUGACAAAAAAGGAGCAGACGACAAGAAAGGCAGCAAAGCGAGUUGCAGUGAAGAUCAUCAGGAGGAGGUUCCUUCACCUGCUGCCGACACCGUUGAGGUGAUACCCGGCAGCCAGCUGUUGUGGAGAAUCGCACCCAGACCAGCCAACUCUACCCAGAUGUACAGCUUCACGUGCUUCGCGAUGCAGCUGAACGAGCUGCGUAAGGAGAUGCAGGGAGUGAUCCCUCAGACGGACUGCAGGCUCAGGCCGGACAUACGGGCCAUGGAGAACGGCGACAUCGACCUCGCCAGUGAGGAGAAAAAGAGGCUCGAGGAGAAACAGAGAGCCGCGCGCAAAAACCGCUCCAAGUCUGACGAGGAGUGGAAGACGAGGAGUCCUGCCCUGGGCCCGAGGUGGUUCCAACAGGGACAGAACCCCCACACCAACUCCCAGGACUGGCUUUUUUCUGGCGGAUACUGGGACAGGGCGUACAGCCAGCUGCCAGACAUUUACUGAUGGACAUUGUCUGCACAGGAAAGAGCAGCAUUAAAGUGACGAUCUCGAACGUUUCCGCCCUGGUUGAUUUGACGACACGUGCAAUCACUGGUGCAAUUGAGCAGAAAAAAAACAUGUCAUUUCAGUAAAUAGUAAUAAUUGGCCUUUUUCCUUCGUACGUCAAGUACAUGUGAUUUGGUUUCAGGCGGAACGCGGCAUGCAUCUGUAAACAGCUGGCCACUGUUAAUGGAAAUACGGAGCAUGUGCAGCCUGCAGCUCUUCAUGUAAUAGACUCAUUCCUGUUCCAGCAGUACCUGCAUCUAUCUGCUGUAAAACAAACAAAAAAAUGACUGCCCAAGCCUGGCAUUACCUGACAACCUCAAAAUAAAAGUCAGACUCUGGUUACAUCAGCAGCAAUUUCUGAAUCCACCCACCGACUAUCAUCUCGUGGCAGUUGAGCGUUCUACAUUCAUAUCCAGAUAUACGUCAGUAAUGAUUAUAUUUACAGUACUUUAACGCAGCGUUUUUAUUCAGGCACGGAACCACAGACAAUCAGUUCACAAUAAUGCAAAUAUAUAAAUAUUGCAAUACUUUGAUCAGGGCCAUGGGCUCAGGCACCGUUGUGUUACCACAUCUGGGGAUAGAUUAGGACUAAACGGACAUUUAUGAAUCUUCGAGAUUGCCACUUUAACUCUUUUUUAUUAUCAUUAUUAUUAUUAUAGAAUAACGGCAAUGACUGCAAGCAAUAUGAACAAAACAAAAAAAAGUGUACUUAAAUGGUGUGUGGCCUUAAUCUACUUUAUGAUGGGAAAGCUGUGCACAAAAAUGUCAAUAAUCCGCAGUUGCAAAAUGUAAAGUUGUUUGACAAAGCUUUGAAAUGUAGCAUUUGUAUUUACACUGUGACUGUUUCUGUUCAUAAUGGACUUUUAGCGCAGCGGAAAGGGGUUUAUGGUUUUAAUGUCCAUCUGUCUCCUUUUAAAUAUAGUCUUUUGUGUCUAAUUGUAUAUCUGUGUAUACUUACACAAAUUCAGACCGCUAGCAACCUCAUCGUGUUAUUCAGAUUCACCAUAGACCAAGUUAAACUCACAAAACCACUGGUUUGUCAGUUUAUUAGAAUGUAUACCUUAUACAUUCUGUAUUAAUGCUACAUUUAUAAAAAACGACUUGAAAAAAUGACCUGGGACUAGUUUGAUUGUUUUUAUCAUUUCUAUCUGUAUCUUGUGAUUGUGACUUGUGUAUAUCAUACAAAUUGACAAAUGACAGAUCAAACUUUAAAAAGCUGUUUGAGGCUUAUGAGGUCACACAAAGUGGAAACCCAUAACUUUUAAGUUAUUUUGUCUCCAUAUAGAACGUUGACAGUAUUUUAUUGCAAACCUGAAUAAAACAGUUCAACGUC